AUGCAUUUUUGGCAAGAUCAAGACCUACAAUAUUUCGUAUUCCAUAAUUACCGAGUGAAUAUUCUAUUUUAUAGGAUAAUUCACGAGAAUGGUUAUUCCGAGGAGGAGCGUUCUCAGUACAAGCCGGUUGUCUUUAGCAACACGGUCCAGAGCCUUGUUGCCAUCCUGAGAGCUAUGGAGAGACUCGGGAUCGGGUACGGCAGCCCCGAGAGAGAGGCCGAUGUGAAGAAAGUCACAUCCCUAGCCUCGAGUCUGGAGGAGAUACAGUUCACUCCCGACCUGGUUGCCUGUAUGAAGGGACUGUGGAUGGAUUCCGGUGUCCAGCUGUGCUUCCAGAGAGCUCGGGAGUACCAGUUGAACGACUCAGCAGAAUACUACCUGAAUGCCUUGGAUCGACUUGGUCAAGGAGACUUUGUCCCUACUGAGCAAGACGUCCUCAGAACCCGCGUCAAGACCACUGGGAUUGUGGAGACCCACUUCAACUACAAGAGCAUAUCCUUCAAGAUGUUUGACGUGGGAGGACAGCGAUCGGAGAGGAAGAAGUGGAUCCACUGUUUUGAGGGAGUGACUGCCAUUGUCUUCUGUGUGGCUCUCUCGGCAUAUGACCUCAUGCUGGCUGAAGAUGAAGAGAUGAAUCGAAUGAACGAAAGUAUGAAGCUGUUUGACUCGAUCUGCAACAACCGAUGGUUCGAAUCCACCUCGAUAAUCCUGUUCCUGAACAAGAAAGACCUGUUCAGCGAGAAGAUUGUCAAGUCGCCACUCACCAUCUGCUUCCCUGAAUAUACCGGUCCCAAUACAUUUGACGACGCCAAGAACUACAUCCGCGAGCGAUUCCUGGCCCUGAACCACGCCGGAGAAAAGAAAGAGAUCUACACUCACUUCACGUGUGCCACUGACACUGGCAACGUUCGGUUCGUCUUCGACGCAGUGACAGACGUCAUCAUCAGAAGACAUUUGCGGGCUGUUGGUCUCUACUGAUGAUGGCUGAUGACUCGACACUUCUUGUGCAUAUUCCACAAUUUUAACUUUGAAUACCUUUCACUGUCCCACAAACUAGUCUAUCAUUGCUAGCAAUCAAUACACCACCUUAAUCGCAACACAUGACUGUAUCAAAACAUGACUUAAUAAUUAUAGAGUCUCUUCUCAAUAAUGUUGUUCGCAUUGUCUUUAUGUACAUUAUCAUUAUACAUUAUACUCAUAAUUUUCUAACAAUAUUAUACAAAUGAACGUGUUGGUAUAUAGAUAAAGGAAGUAGCUCUAGGUAUUAGCAUAGUUGUGAUGCACGAGUACAAAAAGGUAGGUAAUCACUAGGUACAAUGAAUAGUUAACGAUUAUUCUUACUACUGCUAUUACUUGCACAACUGCCAAGUAUGCAGCAUAAUAGUAUAGCUAAUAAUAUAAGAGCAACAAUAGCAAUGAUCCCGGCAAUUAUCACUGACCAGAAAACAACUAUGCUAAAUGCAUACAGGUUCAUGAUGUAAACAAAAACGACACCGACAGCAAGAAACCAAUAGGUCCAUGGAGCUGCCGGGAAAUCAACCGAAGGUAUGCUCUCAAAGGCGAAAACGAAGAAUAAUACAUGAAAACUAAAGACUAGGCCUGCAAAUAUAACAGUCAGUGGGCUUUGAAAUGGAUACAGGAACUUAUAAAUAAAAGAUGUACUUUUAAGUUCCUGAAACUCUCCUAUAAGCUUAGAAGAAUGAAGACGAUCAAGGAUUACUCUGACCUUUUCCUGUAGUCCUUCUUUUACAUUGGUUGUUGAAGUAUCAUUCUGUUGAAGACUUACAAUAAAAUCAACAGAUAAUCCAAUAGAAUACUCCUGAAACCAAUAAUAAGUGACUAAAUAAAAGUUGAUGGGUCCUAAAAUGGGAAGUAUAUAACCGGCAGCCAACAUGUACCGCAAUCGGCCGUCAACUUCAAUGGAAUCACAUGACGAUUGGUGUUUAUAAAAUAUUGAAAAUGUAAUACCCAUAAGCAUUAUGCCCUGGACCAAAAUUUGUCCAAGUGUAUAAAAAAUAAAAUACAUUUGAAGAUGCCAUGCAGAUUUGACAUUGCUGGUAUCAAAUACUUGAGACAUACCUUCAACUUUUUUCGGAAAACGUUUUUCGUUCAAAUUGCAGGAGGCAAUACUCGGAACGGCGAUUCGUACAGCGAAAACAAAGACAACCAUUAAGAUUGCCGACAUAACCAAAAGAGCGCAACUGAUACCAUCGUCUUCUGUUUCAAAACAAUAAGCCUCGGAAGUGAUGAAGUCAAAAAUGGCACAAAUCAAUAGUGGAUAAAAGAUCAGCUCGGACAUUAUCACUCUUCCAAAAUCAAAAGCGUUGAUUAAACGUUGACCUGUUGUACUGUUGUUGUCGGGGUUUAAAUCAAGCUGCUCCUUUUGCCUGCAUGUUGCUCCACAUCUCCUAAAGGGGCAGCUACAAAUAAGAGCUAAAACAUCGAUAAUCUCCAAAACAGUGGCUAAAAUGCUGAGCGCAAGGUGAAGAAUGUUGAAGAUUUCAUCAUUUCCCCGUGAAAAUCUUACAAUGGAUAGUACAAGCACUGAAAUAACGAUAAACAACUCAGCACCUACCCAUAAGGCACGACCAUAUUUAUUUGUAAAAGGAAAAGCCAUGUUGCUGUGAAGCAACCAUCCUUUGGAGCGAGCUCUACAUAGAACUGGUGUCAUAUUGUUAAUCUUCUCAAAUGGCUUGUCCACCUCAUUGCUACGCUUCGAAUUCAAACGGUUUAUAAUAUCAAAUGCGUGGCAACAAUUACACAUUGGUGUCUUUGGCUCUUCAGGCUCUUUUGAUAAACUUUCAUGCAUGGCAUCAAUGAAUUUGCCAUAAAAGCUAUAGUUUAGAAGCUUUUUCUCAUUUUCGCUCUCGAUAUCUAUACCCUGUUGAUUUGCUUCCUGCUGUGGUUCAGGGUGGGGGAGUGACUGGAUGGUAGAUUGUGGAACUUGCUCACCGCUUGUGUACAACGACAGAUCCCCUUCGCUCGCAAUCAGCUCCGUCUGUUUUGGCGGGAGUCCGACAGCAGGGUCUUGCGGACUUUCCGCCGUCACAACAGGUCGACGAAGAACCGGCGAGGAUUGCUGAGGCGGCGACGCCGAGUUCUGUGGCCCGGUAUCCUCCUGCGGUAGGCUCAUCCUGCCGCUCCUAUAUACGAGACCGAACUUCUCGCUAUAGUAAGAACGAGGGGCGAGAUCCAGAAAAAUAUAUUGU